CUGUCUGGCGGUGGAUUUACGCUUUUGGGAGGACAGGAGGCGCUUGUCGGUGUGCUGCCUGUCCCAGCAGGAAAACGGCGGAGAUCGCACAGAGAAAGUGGCUGGGUAAUUCGUCCAAUCAACGCGUAUUAAUUUGGACAAUUAAUGGCGUUCUCCUGAGCAUGGACCUCAGUUGUGAUCCUCCUCUCGCAUAUUGGCCUCUUGGCGACACGGCUCGCUCUCACUCCGAAGUUAGCCGUUCUGGCCGGCGCCUGCGACGUCCAACGAGACAGCGCGUGGCCGCUUCGUUUCAUCAUCUCUCUUGCACGGUGGGUUUGUGUGUUGCGGCCAGUGGAGCUCCAACGACAUCGGCCGCACGAACCUGCAAGCCGCGAGCUCCGUGCAUGCUUCAGCAGCCAUCCGUCGAAUCACAGCCGCCGCCCAGCCCUGUCCGCGACGCCUCGUUCAGGGACUGGCGCGGGUGACUUGCAGCCCAGAAAGCUCCUCGAACCAUUGAGCUUGCCUUGGUCGCGUUCCCU